CAAUACGAUCUACUCGAUCUGUUGCAUAUCUAUGGGGUAUUUUUUUUUUGGAAAAAUAUCUAUAGGCUAUCGGUUCCCGUGCCAACACAAGACAAUCAUAUCUCUAUCUCUCCGUAGGUGUCGUUUGAAAUAGCCAUACGUAACACGUAAACGCGUGCACCUCCGGCCUGUCCUUCUGAUAUACCGCGCGCCGCCAUCUGCAAGCCGCGCGCGCGAGGUUGUCGAUCGUGAUCUCCUUCCUGGCCGGAAAUACGCGCUCCGAUCUGCCACCAUGUCUGUGUCGGCGUUCCUGUCCACCCUGCGCGGCGCCGGCCGGCAGCACCUCACCGCUUCCACCAUCACCGCGACGGCGACCUGCUCCCACCUGCUCCGGAUCAACGAGUACACCAGCAUCAGCAAGAAGAUGGCCAACGGCCAGUCGAUCAGAUCAGGCACGUUUAGAGUCGGCGGCCACGACUGGCGGCUUUUGUGCUACCCAAACGGCUGCUUGAAGGCGCACGAGGGCUCCGUCUCGCUCUUCCUCGAGCAUGCCAGCCACGAAGACACGGGGGAUACCACGGCCAAGUUCGAGAUGAGUAUACUACCCGACGUGAACUCAAAGCCAAUUCGCAGUCGAUCCUUAGCAGAGUACAACUUCACGGAGAACGGCCUCAACUGGGGCUGGAGAGACUUCAUCAAGCACGCGGAUCUGGAUAAGGAGAAGCAUCUCAGGGACGACUGCCUCACCGUCCUGUGCGACGUCACCGUCACCGAUCCGCAUACUGCAGACCACCACGUAGAGGUAGAGGCUGCCGCGCCGCCAGAAUCUACACUUGUUGCGGGGCCAGCGCCGCCGUUCGACUUGCGUGGGCAGCUCGAGGAAGCCAUCUGGAACAAGCAGCAGGUGGACGUAAAGAUCGAGGUCGGUGGGGAGACGUUCCCGGCGCACCGGUGGAUGCUCGAGGCCCGGUCACCCGUCCUCAAGGCGGAUCUCUUGCUCGCAUCCACAACCGGCGACGGUGCGACCUUACUACGGGUAAACGACAUGGAUGCCCAAGUGUUCAAGGCCAUGCUCCAGUUCAUCUACACGGAUUCGCCUCCGGCGCUCGAGUCGGCAACUGUGGCGGAGAGGAUGCUCGUCGCGGCGGACAGGUACGAGCUGGAAGAGCUCAAACUCAUCUGCGAGGAGGUAUUGUCCCGGCACGUCGACAUGGGCUCCGUGGCUGACACUCUAGCGUUGGCCGAGCGACACCAUUGUUCCUUGCUGAGGACGGCGUGCAUCAAGUUCCUCACUUCUCCUGGUAAUUUCGAAGCAUUCGUCGCAACAGAUGGGUUUGCGCAGCUCAAGAGGGAUUGCCCCUCUGCUGUCUCAGACCUCGUGGCCAACAAGCUGCCGUGA